CGUAGACUGGGGGAGACGCCGUGUUUUCAUCAUUUAUUAUCGUUUUACAAGAAUUAAUCCGACAAAAUGUCUAUGUCGGAUCUAAAGCAUUCAUUGCGGAAAUAUGAAUUCCCUCAAUGUGCGAAGGAAGCUCUUUUAAGAAUAGAGCAACUGCUGGCCGGUCGUGCAGCCCCCAACAGUAAGCAAGUAGACGUAGCUAUGGAGAUAAUUUCCGAGUUCAUAUUCUGCGAGUCCACGCGACGCGGGGAGCGGAGGGGUUUGAACCCCCUACAAGAGCUACAGCUUAUUGAUGUGAUCUGCGAGUACUUAUCGAGCUGUACGAAUGAGACAACGAAGAACACAAUAUUCUUGUCUCUGUUUGGAGGGGGAGAUACUCAGAAGAGACUGAAAAUAUUGAGUAUACUUGCUAGUAUGGCUGUGUCAGCUUCCAGUACACCAGUGCUACUAGCAGUAGGUGUGUGGCUGCAGCAAAUGGGCUGCUCAUCACCACCAUCCCUGCAACUAGUAGAAAACAUCAUCAGAGACCACUUUCACUUGAACACAUUUAACCAAACAGCUCUCAAGAGCUUAGCCUCCAGUGCCCCUCAGUUUGUAGCCAAUUUCAUCACAGCCGUCACAGAACUGUACAUGCAAGAGGUGAACGGUGUGAGGAAACUCCCGCCUAAGAACUUACUGGAAGUGAUCACGUCUUGGGUGUACUCCAAUCCAACCCUAUGCCUCUCCGCGCAGAAUAACCCUCCGCAACUGCCGCCCGGUUCCAUCCCGAUGGCGGCCGUGACGCCUCUUGCUGGACUCGUGCACUGGUGUACACUAGCACCACUCUAUAUAGACACGGACUCCGAAAUGGUUGAGGUGUCACCACCGAAAAAGAUCAAGAUAGAAGGAGAAAACCUGGCACUGAUCAAACCUGUGCCAACUAAAGUGUUGACAGAGUCUGAGCUUUAUAUAAAAUUACAUUUAGGCGUGCUGCACAGCCUGCGCGGGCGGCGCGGCUUGGGCGGCGGGGGGGCGGGCGGCGCGGUGCACGCGGCGGCGCUGGCGGCGCCCGCGCCCGCGCUGCAGGCGCACGCGGCCGGCCAGGCGCGCCCGCAGAGCGACGCUAAGCUGCAGGACUGCCUAGACCGACUAGGCCAAGCCGUGCAAGUGGCCCUCUCAUCUGACUGCGUGUAUGGCAACAUCAAUCACCUGCUGGCAACCCUGGAUUCCCUGCCAGAGAACAGGUUGCUGCGAAUUGUAGUGCAAGCACAUCGCUCGCUUUGCUGACAGGAUCAGGCUAUUGAGAUUGAUUAGAUCUGUACGUUGCUACUAAAAUACCACUUUACAUAUGUCAGUGGGGAGACACUCCUGACUUCGGUCGAACUCGGCUCCGUUCGGCUCGGCAUUGCUCCGAGCAAUUAUUAGGGUUGGCACCACUUGACUUCCUUGUGCGUGCACGAUCACAGAUAAGAUAAUCACUUGAAUUUUGACAACCCUGAAAAGCCGAAAGGGAUAGUGCUAUAUAUUAGAAAGAGAUAGCACGACUCGACUCUGAAUCGCUGUCAAACUUCGGGUUUGUAGGAAGUGUGCUUUCUGUACGGUAGUACUAUUAUUUCUUGUGUGGAUAUUUAUGUCGUUGAAGAUUCUUUGGGGAUGUUGGGGAAGUACAAUGGUGAUAAAUAAGUGUGUUUUAAAAAUGAAAUUUAUGGCAGAAACUUAUUUAAUUAUUAUGAAAGAAGUCAGCCUAGUCAGGCAACCAAGCAAUUACUUGUCAGUGUAUACAGAAAUAUGUAUUAUGUUUUCAUAGAAGAUGAAUUGCUGUACAAAGGAAAUGUUAAAUUAAGUUU